GACCCCCAGCCUAUGCCGCGCAGCACCGCUUUCGAGCCCCGCCUCGGCCCUAGCCCCCGGCCUAUCCCGCGCAGCACCGCUUUCGAGCCCCGCCUCCGCGCUUGCCCCCGGCCUAUCCCGCGCCGCGCCGCUUUGGCGCGCGGCUGUGACGUCACGGGUCGCGGCGAGGCGCGCGCGGCUGAACGGCGCCGCUGCCGGCCCGCGGCCAUGCCCAAGCGGGGCUGUCCGUUCGCGGACGCGGCCCCGCUGCAGCUGAAGGUCCGGGUUGGCCAGAGGGAGCUCAGCCGCGGCGUAUGCGCCGAGCAGCACUCGCGGGAGAUCUUCGAGAAGACCAAGCAACUCCUGUUCCGCGGGGCUCAGGCCUACAUGGACCACGUGUGGGAGGAGAGCUGUGCCAUCGUUGACCUGCCGGAGUCCCCGAAGCCGGGCCCCACAGAGGCCCUCCGGGCUGCACGGGGGCAGAUGCUGAUUGGACCAGACGGCCGGCUGACCAGGAGCCAAGCCCAGGCCGCUGAAGCUGCGAGACAUGGGGUCCCAGCCGGGUGCGAACCCUGGACAGGCCGCAGCGUCUUAUGCGGCUCAGACCCCCGCCCUUGUUGCUGGAGUCACAGUUACCGCCCGCCCCUACCCCGCUCCCCACCCCCCAGGGCCUGGAGGGAGGCCCAGGAAGGCAGGGGCCACACUCGGAGACAAAGGUUUUGGACGCGUGAGACGAAAGCCACGGGAGUUCUCAUGCAAGCCAGCGAGGGAGGAGUUGAUCCUCCUGGUGCCGAGCACCUAGGUAGCGGGAAUGGAAGGAGCGCUCACCCCAGAGCCACGGAAACCGCACUCUAAGGGCUCCUGGGCGCCUGGGGGCUCCCUGGUGAGCAAGGGUCUGUGUGCGGCACCUUCUGGAAGGUUGUCAUGAGGACCUGGUGGGAGAGGCGUGUAGGGAGUCGGGUCAGCCCUCCGUCCGCAGCAGGGGAGGCGGCCCCACGGCCUCCAGCACUUGAGAUCCCCU